GCCAGUGGGAGCUCCCUGUCAGUGACUGUGUAGACGAAAAUGGCGGACAGCGGCAGGGCAGAUCCUGUGAAUAACAACAAUAAUAAAAAUGUGUCGGAGGGGAAUAUUAUAAAGGUAACUGUUAAAACUCCGAAAGACAAAGAAGAAAUCGCAAUCCAGGAGGAUGCUUCUGUGACGCAGUUCAAAGAGGAGAUAUCGCGAAGAUUCAAGGCCAGGCAAGAACAGUUGGUAUUGAUUUUUGCUGGAAAAAUACUCAAGGAUGGAGAUACUUUGAACCAACAUGGCAUCAAGGAUGGUCUGACCGUACAUCUUGUCAUCAAAACUGCUCAGAAGCCUGCAGAUGGAGCUGCACCUCAGACGUCCCCCACUACAAGUUCCACUACUCCUCAAGUGAGUAGCAGCAGCAGCUCCAGCCCUCCUAGCCCAAGUCCAUCCAGCAAUGCCAGAGACUCGACGCCUACUACUGGGCCUGGUCCUACUCCAGCACCACUUGGUUCUAUUCUUACAGGGUUUGGGGACCUGGCCAGUCUUGGCAAUUUAGGAAUGGGUUCUGCCAACUUUAUGGAACUUCAGCAACAGAUGCAGCGUCAGUUAAUGUCCAAUCCAGAGAUGCUUUCCCAGAUCAUGGAAAACCCACUGGUCCAAAAUAUGAUGUCUAACCCAGAUCUAAUGCGUCAGAUGAUCGUUGCCAAUCCCCAGAUGCAGCAGUUGAUGGAACGCAAUCCAGAGAUUAGCCACAUGCUGAACAACCCUGAGCUCAUGAGGCAGACAAUGGAGCUAGCCCGAAACCCAGCUAUGAUGCAGGAGAUGAUGAGGAAUCAAGAUCGGGCACUUAGCAACUUGGAGAGUAUACCUGGUGGCUAUAAUGCUCUGCGCAGAAUGUAUACUGAUAUCCAGGAGCCAAUGUUCAGUGCUGCCAGAGAACAAUUUGGUAGCAAUCCCUUCUCAGCCCUUGGUGGAAACUCGGAAAACUUAGGGGUCCAGCCAUCUCGGACAGAAAACAGAGAACCACUUCCAAAUCCCUGGGGUCCCCCAGCUAGUGGAACUACGUCUUCAAGCACUGGGGGUGAAGGUGGUACCACCUCAUCCAGCAAUAGUACUUCUCAGAGUGCGACAACUCCAAGUGUGUCUAAUCCUUUGGGUGUCAAUGCAGCAAGUCUAGGCAAUGGUAUGUUUAAUAGUCCUGGGAUGCAAAGUCUCUUGCAGCAAAUUUCAGAAAACCCUCAGCUCAUGCAGAAUAUGUUAUCUGCUCCCUACAUGAGAAGCAUGAUUCAGUCUUUGGUGCAAAACCCUGACUUGGCCUCACAGGUGAUGAUGAAUAAUCCGUUGUUUGCUGGUAAUCCACAACUUCAAGAACAGUUCAGACUCCAGUUGCCGGUCUUUCUUCAGCAGAUGCAGAAUCCUGAGGCACUGUCAGUAAUGACAAACCCUCGAGCAAUGCAGGCUUUGCUCCAAAUCCAGCAGGGCCUUCAGACACUACAAACUGAGGCACCAGGUCUCAUGCCAAGUCUAACGCCUGGAGGACUACCCUCAGUACCUCUGCCUACAGGGGGUAAUGUUGCCCCUGAUAGUCCUGCCUCCUCCAGAUCAGGAUCAUCUACAGGCCCUUCUCAGACAACCGGACCUCUAAACUCCCAGCAGCAGCUAAUGCAACAGAUGCUACAAAUGUUUGCAGGAGGGUCAGCGUCAAAUCAGACUCCAGAAGUCCGAUUUCAGCAACAGCUGGAACAGCUGAGUGCCAUGGGAUUCAUUAACCGAGAAGCUAACCUGCAAGCGCUCAUUGCCACUGGAGGAGAUAUUAAUGCAGCCAUAGAGAGACUUCUGGGCUCCCAGCCUUCUUAAGCACACAUCAGUUUGGGAUGGGGGGGGGGGGGAAUUGGGUUACAGUAGAAAAAAAAAAUCCAACUUAAAACAGGUAUACAUACAUGUUGUGGUUAUUCACCACAGGAGCAUCAACUGAAUACUAGUCACCUUCAGCUAUUCAUGCAGGCGCUCCAAAAAUUAGUAAAUUGGGUAACCUGUCUGUGUUGCAGACCGCUGCUCAUUUGCAGUGCAGAGGGUCGAGUACGAUGAGUGCUGUUCCUCCAGCACAACAUGGAUCACAGGUUUUAAAGCCCCAUGUUGCCUUUAUCUAACCAAGCACUGCCAGUGUGACUAUCUGCUUUAAGGUGGUCUCCACUUAGGGAGUAUUGGUUCCCACAUAGACACAGCCAUCAUAUGGUAAAUUACUUAACAGAACUGUUCAAUAAAUAGGCAGAAAUAAAUUAAUGAUACUUUCAUUGUACAGUUUAAGUAAAAGACUAAUAAUGCCAGAAGUCAAAACAUGGCUUCUCCUUAUGGAACUGAUCAAAAUUUUCGGUACACAGGUAUUUGAGUGUCUUUUAGCUUCCCAUAUUAAUUCUUUCUUUAUUACAUAGGAGUAACUAAAGGCAGUUGAGGGACACAAAAGGACUUUGACUUCUGCAGCAUUUAACAGUUCCUAAAGACCAAAUUGCAGAUGUUUGUCAGUGUCGGCUUCUUUUUUAAUUUUAGACAAAUGCAGACCAUUUUUAGACUCUUUGUGCAAAUUAACUUCUUGUCAGCCAAGACCUGUGUAACCUGAUACCUCCUUCUGUUGAUUUUGGAUUCUUUUAAUAAACUAAAAGGUGGAGCUGAAAACUGGGCAAUAGACGAAUCCCUGAUAACAUUCAUAUAGCCGGAGGCAUUAUAAAAUCUGACUGCUGUGCAACUCUGCUUGUUAUACUAUAUGAUGGAGUCAUCAAAAUUUGUUGGUAAUUUUUGAGAGUUAUGCAUGUGUAAGAGCAAAAUCAGAAACAAAAAAAAAACAAACUUGGCAUUUCUUGGAUUUUUUCAUGGCUGACCUUGCAAAGUGUUAAUACCAUCUAAAAAGUACUACGGUUCAGAAAUAAAGCCAUGUGAAUGGAAACAAAAAAUCAGUUGCUGCGUUUAACCAAAAGCUCCCGGUGUUUCAUUUUUUUUUUCCUUAAGCUGUACCACUUUACUGAAAACUAAUGAAAUCAUUAAGAAGGAAUCACUCUGGAAUUGCAAUGUAAAAAGCACCUCUUUGUGAGUUGUCUUUUUGGCGCUGGCUGUUUUUCUUCCUUCUAGUAAUACAGUAAACCUGAUCAAUCGUAUGUUUGAGGCCAGUACACCACUUUUGAUUUCCCCAUAAAUCCUGAUUUUUUUUUCACCUUAAAAAUGAACUUUGGCUGUUUGCCAGACACAGAAGUAUGUCAUAUAAAAGUAAAGGCUGACUCUUGCGUCUGUUAGCAGUCUUUAUAAAGCAGAAACACACUUGAUAGCUUGUUCAUCCAAUUCGUACUUGUGUCACUUGGUUGAGUUCCGUUGCAUUCUGAGAAAUUAUUUUUGUGUAAACUUUUUAUUUAAGUCUCAAUGUUAGAUUCAUUAUUCAUGGAAUAACUAAUCAGUCAGACAGGGUUUUUAAGGCUUCUCAUGUCACAUUUAGUGAAGUGAAAAUUAAUACUGUAUUUAAUUCUGUAUUUAGAGAGCAGCCUAGGCAGAGGGAACAUUAUCUUGAUUAAUAUUUAAAAUAAACUCUAGGUAAAUUCACACUGUAAAACAA